AUUGCCAUUCCCACUCCUAUUGUCAAGGGAGAAAAACCCCAUACAUACACAGAUUCGUUCAUAGUACAUGUAUAACAGACGGUACUUCAUCAUGGGCAGGAUUCAAACUGGUCGUUCCCACCAGGAUUGGUACGCAGUUCUCUGUCUGUUUGUCAGCUAUUUGUCUUGGGUUUGGCUCAUCAAGGGACUGGGAGUGAUGUUACCAACACUACAAGAGCAAUUUGCGACCCAAACUUGGCGGGUCGGCUGGAUGCUAUCGAUUAUCACUGCAGUCAUAUGUUUCACCGGUCUCCUUGCUAGGCCACUGGAAGUCAUGUUUGGUACUCGCAUGGCAGUGACGGUCAGCGGUUUCAUGCUUGGUGUCUCUGUGAUCAUCGCUUCUUUCUCCACUAGUAUUGUCAUGUUGACAUCAAUACUAGCACUGACAGCUGGAACUGCUCUAAGUGUCGUCCCUAUUCUGAUAAGGGCGCUACUCGGACGCCGUUUUACGACAAAUUAUGGCACUGCGGUAGGAAUAGGGACAGCAGGAGGUGCAGUCGGCAUGAUAACCGUUGGGCCUUUUACCCAACUGUUGCUGGAUACGUACGGCUGGAGAGGGGCUUUGCUCAUUCUUGGAGGGCUGUUCAUGCAUCUUGGGGUGUGUGGCGCCCUCUUGCGUUCAGCGUCCAGUGAUGAAACAAAUGACAGCUAUCAGCUGGUGAGUACCGACGCCAAUGAGGAACCACAAGUCGGCUUAUCAAGUGCUGAGGAGACAGGCAACUUGAAGAAGUCAUCACGACUUAGCGCCUUCAAAGACGCCCUCAGUGCGCAGAUGAAACAUUUCGGAUUCUCGGUUUGUUUCAAGUUCUCAUUUUGGAUCACAGCAGUCAUCUUCAUUUGCCGCCGCUUUGUGGUUGAUCAGUGGAUGAUUUAUUUCAUUUCCCAGGCCGGAGUAAAAGACUUUUCUCCGUACGACGCUGUGACAUUCACCACAGCUGGAGGGGUCGGCAACGUCGUUACCAAGAUUUUGCUUGGUGUUAUCGUCGAUAAAGGUUUGUUAAAAUUGAGACCGGUGAUCGCACUGAUGAUCACACUGAGUUCCUCUGCUAUCCUGAUAACUCCCUGGAUAAACUCUUAUUGGUUGAUGAUGGUCACAACAGUUGUCUAUUUUAGCAGUCAAGGUACUCUUGCCUUACUGAAUGAUCUGUACACCAGGGAGCUGCUUGGACCUGAUCUAUUGACGUGCGCUUUCGCUUGGAUGGAUCUGGCGUCGGCCAUUUUAAGUUUCAGCCUUGGAUUCUUUCCAGGUUGGAUGUACGACCAGACUGGCAGUUUUGACUGGGCCUUUUUCAUCAUAGGAUGCAUUUCAGCUCUAUCGUUGACGGCGCUGUUGAUGGAAUGGGUCCAAGCGAGAUGCAAGCCCAAGCAGACGGCUUGAAGUAUCCCUAAUUAAACCAUAAGAAUGCUGACGCGUGAAACGAAAAAAGACAUGAUAUAGAAUGCAUCAUGCACCCUUUCGUUGCAAUCUGAUGAUUGUGGACGAUAGUGUUAAUUACAAAAACAAUAACAUGUCCGUGCGUAUAUAAAGUGCAUGUUAUUGCGUUAAUUUUGAAAUUUUAAGAUUAAUCUUCAAACUACUUUAUUGAAAGAACGAUAUAAACCGUAUGAUCAUUAACAUAUUGUUACUUUUUUAUUAAAAGAAUGAACUAAUUCUUAGAUCCAGAAAAAGCACAAGUAAUACAGAAUCCUAUAUUAAAGAAUAUGUUCUUUUUACAUGUAAUUUUUCAUAUAUGCAUGCUGUAACUGAUUUUUACAGCAGUGUAAAUAUACGUGAAGUGUUAUCAAAAGUUAAUUUCAUUUUGAAACUAAACAUUUCGAUCAUGAGCGUUGUAAUCUGGGAAUACACAUUCAGCUUUUUAUAUGAAAUAAUGGCAAAGUUGGACGGUUACAUCCCCGUUGUAAAUAACUAAAGAAGCACUGCGCUGUCUUUGAGAAAGAACUUCUUUGUCACGCCUGAUUUCACAGUAUAAUU